ACUUCCCUCACACUGCCAACAUCACAAUCGGCUAGUUAGCGCUCAGUGUUUGGUCGAUGCUGCGGAAUAGGAAGAAAACCAGUUGAGUUUAUAGCGACAAAACUGUGUCGACUGCUUGGGAAUCAUGAUGCCCUUAAACGCGGCUUGAGGUUAAAAAAUCGGAAUGUGACGAGCCUUCGCGGAUCCGUUUAUUCAUGUUUAUUCGCAGCCUGGUUGUUACGAAUUUAGCCCUUGCUAAGCGUGACGAGAUUCUGUGUAUUUAAAGUUGAGCAACAGCGUUCAGAUAAUCGAUCAGGUCAAUGUACAAAGAGCCCACAAGCCGCCUUAACAGCGGAUGAGUUGUAGACGUUAUUGUUUAAUCACGCGAUCUCCGAGGAUACAUGUUUUUAUUUCGCUAGCUAACCAGCUAACACACCAAUCCAAGUUAGAAGGAUCUGCUGUCAUCAAAACGUCGACCGGUUGCACGGAGUUUGUUGUUAAACUCCUGCUGUCAUCUACAAACUGAGUCAGCGGUGGAAGCUCAGCAGAAAUGGACGACUUCAGCUCCAUCAGUCUGCUGUCUCUGUCGAUGCUGAUCGGCUGUUAUGUGGCUGGAACUAUUCCGUUGGCUGUAAACUUCUCUGAGGAGAAGCUGAAGUUGGUGACAGUGUUGGGAGCAGGGCUGUUGUGUGGCACUGCGCUGGCUGUCAUAAUACCAGAGGGAGUCCAUGCUCUCUAUGAGGAAAUGCUGGAAGGUGUGCACAACCAUGGCCAUGGGCAGGUGGAAGCAGAAGUUUCUGAGCAGAAGGUUGCAGAAGGAGUGGUGAGACCCAGCGGUGAACACGGCCACGGUCACGAGCAGCUCCACGCUUACAUUGGGAUUUCUCUGGUACUGGGCUUCGUCUUCAUGCUGCUGGUGGAUCAGAUUGGCAGCGCACACAUGCACAGCAGUGAUGAUCCAGAAGCAGCAAGGGCUGCUAGCUCUAAAAUCACCACUACACUCGGAUUGGUCGUCCAUGCUGCUGCUGAUGGUGUUGCUUUGGGAGCGGCUGCAUCCACGUCUCAGACCAGCGUCCAGCUUAUUGUGUUUGUGGCGAUUAUGUUGCAUAAGGCUCCUGCUGCAUUUGGACUCGUCUCUUUCCUCAUGCAUGCAGGUUUAGAAAGAAACCGUAUACGCAAACAUCUAUUAGUCUUUGCUCUGGCUGCCCCUGUUUUGGCUAUGGUCACCUACGUAGGACUCAGUCAGAGCAGUAAAGAGGCUCUCUCAGAUGUCAACGCCACCGGUGUGGCCAUGCUGUUCUCCGCCGGCACUUUUCUGUACGUGGCCACGGUUCACGUUCUUCCAGAAGUGGGUGGGAUGGGAGGCCACAGCCACUCGCCUGGGGGGAGCGCAGGGAAGGGACUCAGCAAACUGGAGGUCGGUGCUCUGGUUCUUGGAUGUCUGAUUCCUCUAGUUCUGUCCAUUGGUCACCAGCACUAGUGUUCUUUACUUGAAACAUCAUCAGAAGCAGGAAGCUUGAAAAGUGCGAAUGGAACUUUAAACAGCAUCGGCCAAACAACAACCUCACAGAAGCGGUUUGAAUCAUGUCGGUUUCUUCAGGUUGGUGGUUGGAGUGAACAUUGCAGGAACUUUGCAGUCAGAAACCGGAUUUUGAGAAGCACCACUGGACUUCUGGGAUGGACUGCCCUGACACUCCUGAAAAGCAUUGUGGGAUACCGAAUACCGUACACGAAUAAAUACAUCAUGCGUCCAAGUCUCUUUAUUUUUGCUUCCAUGGUGCUGGUUUAAAAAGAAUCAGUUGUGGUUUGGUUGUCAUGUAUACUUUAGAUUUGGUGUUCUGUUGAUCUUUAUAUGGAAAAUGUCCAUACAUUUACAAAGAUAUUAAAUUCAUGGGUCCAAGGU